UUCAAUAAAGAACAUACUAAGAAGCUAAAAAAAUGACUGGCCGUGGUAAAGGAGGAAAAGGAUUGGGAAAAGGUGGCGCAAAACGUCAUCGUAAAGUGUUGCGUGAUAACAUCCAAGGUAUUACAAAACCAGCCAUCCGUCGUUUGGCUCGUCGUGGUGGUGUGAAGCGUAUUUCUGGCUUGAUCUACGAAGAAACUCGAGGCGUUUUAAAGGUAUUCUUGGAAAACGUUAUAAGAGAUGCAGUCACAUACACCGAACACGCCAAGCGCAAGACAGUCACCGCUAUGGAUGUCGUCUACGCUUUGAAACGUCAAGGCCGCACUUUGUACGGCUUCGGAGGUUAAAUUCAACCUUAUCCCGAUCAAUACAGAAAAAACAUCAAAAAAA